AAAACCAAAUGGAAAUGGCCGGAGAGCUCCAGGGCACCUAGGUUCCCUGGCUUCGGCUUCGGCUGGGCUAACGCGCGAGUGUGGUGGGACUAUCCUAGGAGGUGUUCCUGGAGAGAGAGGCGAUGGCGUCAAGUAGUAACUGGCUGUCCGGAGUGAAUGUCGUUCUUGUGAUGGCGUACGGGAGCCUGGUAUUCGUAUUGCUGUUUAUUUUUGUGAAGAGACAAAUCAUGCGCUUUGCAAUGAAAUCUAGAAGGGGACCUCAUGUCCCUGUGGGACACAAUGCCCCGAAGGACUUAAAAGAGGAAAUUGAUAUUCGGCUAUCCAGAGUUCAGGACAUCAAGUAUGAACCGCAGCUCCUUGCAGAUGAUGAUACCAGACUACUACAGCUGGAAACCCAGGGGAGUCAAAGUUGCUACAACUAUCUGUACAGGAUGAAAGCUCUAGAUGCCAUCCGUGCCUCUGAGAUCCCAUUUCAUGCUGAAGGCCGGCACCCCUGUUCUUUAAUGGGUAAGAAUUUCCGCUCCUACUUGCUAGAUCUGCGAAACACUAGCACUCCUUUUAAGGGUGUUCGAAAGGCCCUCAUUGAUACCCUCCUGGAUGGAUAUGAGACAGCUCGCUAUGGGACAGGGGUCUUUGGCCAGAGUGAGUACUUGCGUUAUCAGGAGGCCUUGAGUGAGCUGGCCACUGUGGUCAAAGCACGAAUUGGGAGCUCUCAGAGACAACACCAGUCAGCAGCUAAAGACCUAACUCAGUCGCCUGAAAUGUCACCAACAACCAUUCAGGUCACGUAUCUGCCCUCCAGUCAGAAGAGCAAACGCCCUAAGCACUUCCUCGAACUGAAGAGCUUUAAAGACAACUACAACACACUGGAGAGCACUCUGUGAUGGAUGGAGAGCACUCUGUGACGGAGCUGCCCACAAGCCAGCUGCAUGGCGCUCAGGAUAUCUGGUUCAGCAGACCCAGACUUUUGGCUAAAGCAUUCUGACAGAGCAGUGUCUAAAAGGUCAUUCCCAACCCUUUCUUAUAUUGGCUAAGACCUCAGUCUCUCCCAGGAGCAAUUCUUCUGGAUUUGAAUUCAAACGUCAUUCUUAACAUUUCUGUUGAAGCUUCCUUGAAAUCUUUGCUUGAUUUCGGAUGUCAUUCACCUACCCUACUCAACGUUGUUUAGUCCUAAAGUUGUAAAUUGAGAUGAGGGAUCUUCCAUGUCGACCCCAUUGCACCCAACUGAAUAGAAGUAUUGAGGUUUAGAGCAUCUCGGAUUUGAUUGGUGGAAAAGUCCGUCAGGACCUCAUGGGGAAAGGAGAUUGAGAACGUGGGUAGGAUGUCCUCUGGAAUUUUGGUGCUCCAUCUAAACCAGGUGUAUUGUGACAUGACCAUGACGUUCCUAAGGUGGAAGGAUCUAUCCCCACUGUUACCCACUACUUAUGACAGGUAAAAAGGAAUGUUCUGGUACUUGGCAUAACCUAUGCCAAGAUGUGACAGUGUAAAGAAGUGCUUUCCUUGAAUGUCAGUGUAUUAGUCUCAGUUUACAAAGUACUGAAUAAAACUAACUACUACAAAACCAUG